AUGCGUUCUUUUAUAGUAUUUGCAGUCCUCGCCCUAUCGAGCACUACUCACAGGGUCGCAGGUAGCGCCUGUAAGCCUCGAUCUAGCAGCACUAUUCCAACACUCGCUUCUUCAACCACCGAGUCAAUCAGCACAACAACACCCACUAAUGAUGUCGCACUCCCGUCAGUCCGAAACAUUGCCAUCAAUGGAAACAUGGCCGAGAUCGAUCCAAGUGACCCCCUCAACGUCCCAGACUGGGAUGUUAUUAACGAUGCCAAGAUUGUUGGAGGUCAAGGACGUGAGGAGCCUGGAAGCACUGAACGAGGCGCCUGUGCGAUGAGCGCCGCAAAUACGAGGCUGAAUACACGAGAUGUUGGAUCUGGUGUCAGCAUGUCACAAACUAUGAGUGACCUCGAGGUCGGCACGACUUAUACUAUUCGCUUUUACUAUCGAGUUUUUAUAUCGCAGGGCGUCACGAAUUGUCAGUUGUCUGCUCAAUUUGGCAAUUCCCUCCUUACACAAGACUCCAUCUCCAGCAGUGACGUUUCCAAUGCUUGGACCCAAGUUCUCCAGACUGCCGAUGCGGAAGAAAGUACCGCUGCUCUCAAGAUCCAAAUGGAGUGUGAGGGCGGCAGUGCUACUAUUUUAUUGGACUCUGUUUUUGUUUCCAACAAAGUUACUCCUGGCAAUAUUGAUCAGUUUGUUGUUGACUUUGGUAACAAUGGCAGUGGUGCCAAUCCUCCUCUUGUAGAGAGCCCUCAAACUACAUCUACUGAGCCUGCAUCAUCCAUUGAGCCCACAACAACUGAAUCAGGACCCAUUCCAGGAACUACCACAACUGCGGUUGAGUCUCCUUUCUGUUCCAAGGCCCUUAACGGAGGCUGCUGGUGGAAGGGAUCCUCGGUUGGUUGCGAAAGCCGUGGAUCUUGGCCUGGUCCUGGUGGACAAGGCAGACUUAUUCCUCGUCCCGACAACUACCCCGAGCCUUUAAGCCAGCUGUGGUGUGUAGGCUGGUGCUCACUUUCCCCCGGUUGUAGGUCUGCGGCCUACAAUCCGGUCGAUCGAUCUUGUCGCUUUUCCGAGUUUGCUGUCCAAGACUCGAAUUUCGUACCAGGCCCUGAUGCUCACGUUGACACUGAAGGUGUUUAUUAUUGGCAUGAUCUAUCAUGCUUCAACUGUCCCUGUAAUGAUGGUGAUGAACCUGAGGCUGGAUCUAUUGUCACCACGACCUCCGCACCGGCCAUUGAGACAACCAUGCAAACCGUUCAACCUACAUCGCCAUCCAGUCCUGCUGUGAGACUUCCUCCUGCAUCGACGUGCCCUAAAUCAUUGAAUGACGGAUGUACGUGGAAUGCAGCUUCGCAAGGGGGCAGCCUCAUCACCUGUCAGUACCGAGGUCGAUGGCCAGGCGCCGAUGGUGUUGGAUAUGCCGUCGAGAAACCUAGAGACUAUCCCAUGGCAUUGAGCCAAUCGUGGUGUGUUGCUUGGUGUUCUCUCUCGCCUGGCUGUCGGUCUGCAGCCCAUAUUCCCGAAAACCGAUCUUGUCGAUUUUCGAGCCAUGCUGUCCAUGAUGACGACUUUAUCAUGGCAGAUGAUCCCAAUCAGGACUCUGAAGAGUUGGGGAUCUACUACUGGCACGAUUUAUCCUGUAUGGAUUGUCCCUGUAGGGAUGAAAUUGAGUCUGCAACACAGCCUUCCACUACCCUCUUACGAUCUGUUACAUCAGCAUCUAUCGAAUCUACCACUACUCAAGAACCAUCUUCAGUAGUGGCAACGAUAGAAAAACCACCUCGUCCUUCUGCAGCCAUCUAA